UACUUAAGGGACUCCGGCGCGCGCACGCGCUCAGCCAUGGUUCUGAGGCGCUUCUUGUCCGUGUUGCCUGUGGGCGCCCCCCGCCUCGCCCGGCUGACUACUGCGCCGGCGGCCCGCGAGCAGCCCCUCGCGAGCCCGCGGGCCAUGCCGGAGCUCGGGGCGGCCAAGGGCGCGCGGCCGCCGGUGCCGGCAGUGGACUUCGGCAACGCACAGGAGGCGUACCGCAGCCGGCGCAACUGGGAGCUGGUGCGCAGCCUCCUGGUGCUGCGCCUGUGCGCCUCGCCAGCGCUGCUGGCGCGCCACGAGCAGCUGCUCCAUGUGGCCAGGAGACUUCUGGGGCAAAGGCUGUUCGACAAGCUAAUGAAGAUGACUUUCUACGGGCAGUUUGUGGCUGGCGAGGACCAGGAGUCCAUCCGACCCCUAAUCCAGCACAACAGGGCCUUUGGGGUUGGCUCCAUCCUGGACUAUGGAGUGGAGGAGGACCUCAGCCCCGAGGAGGCAGAGCAGAAGGAGAUGGAGUCCUGUACAUCGGCUGCAGAAAGAGACGGCAGUGAUACAAGUAAGAGGGAGAAGCAAUACCAGGCCCACCGGGCCUUCGGGGACCGCAGGGACGGUGUCAUCAGUGCCCGCACCUACUUCUAUGCCAGUGAAGCCAAGUGUGAUGCCCACAUGGAGACGUUCCUGCGCUGCAUCGAGGCUUCAGGUGGAGCUAGCGAUGAUGGCUUCUCAGCCAUCAAACUCACUGCAGUGGGGAGGCCUCAGUUUCUGCUGCAGUUCUCAGAUGUGCUGACCAAGUGGAGACGGUUCUUUCACCAAAUGGCUGCAGAGCAAGGGAAGACUGGGCUCACUGCCAUGGACAUGAAGCUGGAGGUGGCCGCGCUGCAGGAAAGUGUGGCAAAGAUGGGCAUCGCGAGCAGAGCUGAGAUCAAGGACUGGUUCACGGUUGAGACCCUGGGUGUGUCUGGUACUGUGGACCUGCUGGACUGGAGCAGCCUCAUUGAUAGCAAGACCAAGCUCUCCAAGCACCUGGUGGUCCCGAACCCAGAGACAGGACAGCUGGAGCCUCUGCUGUCACGGUUCACGGAGGAGGAAGAGCUGCAGAUGACAAGGAUGCUGCAGAGGAUGGAUGUCUUGGCCAAGAAGGCCACAGAAGUGGGCGUGCGGCUGAUGGUGGAUGCCGAGCAGACCUACUUCCAGCCAGCCAUUAGCCGCCUGACGCUGGAAAUGCAACGCAAGUUCAACGUGGAGAAGCCGCUCAUCUUCAACACCUACCAGUGCUACCUCCGGGACGCCUAUGACAACGUGACUCUGGACGUGGAGCUGGCUCGCCGUGAGGGCUGGUGUUUUGGGGCCAAGCUGGUGCGGGGUGCCUACAUGGCCCAGGAACGCACCCGUGCCGCGGAGAUCGGCUACGAGGAUCCCAUCAACCCCACGUAUGAGGACACCAAUGCCAUGUACCACAGGUGCCUCGACUAUGUUCUGGAGGAGCUGAAGCACAACGCCAAGGCCAAGGUGAUGGUGGCUUCCCACAACGAGGACACGGUGCGCUUCACACUGGGCAGGAUGGAGGAGUUGGGCCUGCAUCCUGCUGAACACCAGGUGUACUUUGGACAGCUGCUGGGCAUGUGCGACCAGAUCAGCUUCCCGUUGGGCCAGGCGGGCUUCCCUGUGUACAAGUACAUGCCCUAUGGCCCAGUGAUGGAGGUGCUGCCCUACCUGUCCCGCCGUGCCCAGGAGAACAGUGGCAUCAUGAAGGGUGCCCAGCGGGAGCGGCAGCUGCUGUGGCAGGAGCUUACACGGAGACUCUGCACAGGCAACUUCUUCUAUCGCCCAGCCUAGAGCCC